AGGAGAGGGCUCGGUACCUCCAGCACAGGGCCGAUAUGGAGGAGGAGGCUCGCCGGAGGAAGAGGGAACUCAUCGCGAGGUUCAUCAAGGUAACAUGAUGCAUUGGUCUAGUGGGGUGGGGAAGAAGAACAAAGUGAACAAGCUGGCCCGCAUGUCGGACGAGGAGAGGGCCCGGUACCUCCAGCACAGGGCCGAUAUGGAGGAGGAGGCUCGCCGGAGGAAGAGGGAACUCAUCGCGAGGUUCAUCAAGAACAAACUGGACAAAGAAGAAACGUACAGCCGUAUGAAUAGAGCGAAGAUAAAUCAAGAAUGGCGAUACAUUCUCAGAAGAAUCAAGUGCAAGCAAAUGGCGUUGGAUAUUCAGGGAAUGAUCACAAGCUUCAACUUUCUGAUCGAGAGGAAAGACCGUCUCAUACAGUACCUGGUGAGGGCCAUCGACGAUUCCGACGAUCAACACCGGCGUGCGUUCCAGGCUCAUACAGAAAACGUCAGCUACUUCUUAGGCAUAGGGACCCAACGCCUAGACAAAUUGCAAGCAGAAUAUGACUACCAGAAGAAUAUUCUUCUGGAAAACUGGGACAAAGAGGAGUUCGAUAUCAGUGACAAACAGGACCGAGCAGAGUUCAAACUGAAGCUGAUUACGUAUAUCCAGAAUAGGGACUUUAAGGCCUACAAAAUAGAGAUGGAAUUGAAACGGGCUACAACGAAAAAUGAUGCUAGACUUGAGCACGUAGAAGAAAUGCGGGAUCUUUGCCGACCCAAGCAGCUAGAGAUCGAAGCGUACUGGUCCAAGCUGAAGGAAGUGUACAACUCGUACCUCGCACACCACAAGCCUAUGCUGGCGCACUACCAUUCCUUGCGGGAGAAGGACGAGUUCUACCGCCAGGAGAUAGGAAGAAAUGACGCUCACAUUCAACAGGCCACGGAUCUACUCAUGACCCUGCAGCGUGAGUGGGUAAAGACGACCAAUAUGAUCAGCCAUAAGCUGGCGAAGAUGGCCAACCAUAAAGAAGAGCUGUCCAGGCGGUACUGGCAGAUGAAGAAGGAGUCCAAGACACACAGGAGCAAGGGAGACAGCCAGAUGACUGUCAUGGUGAACGCUAGCCAGGAUGCUAUCAAGCGCCUUGAAGAAGUGCAGGAGAAAUUGAAUAAGAUAAUGCAACUGGAAGAAAUCUGCCGUAAAUACGAAAAUGAAGACGAUGAGGUAUUUCUGAAGGAUGUAGACGACGACGGCUCGCCUGUCGACUUUGAAAACUUGGAUGGGGCUAUGAUUGUGAGUACCAUUACAUUCGUUAGUUUUUUCAGCUAA